AUAUUUUUAGAAAUUCUUGUAUUAUUAUUAUUAUUUUCUCGAUUCACCCAGAAUUCCUGCCUCUGCUUCGCUAGUCAUUAAUGUUGUUCUGGUUGUAAGCACAACAGGGAAAGAAACAAGGUACGAGGAGAAGUAAGUGAAUGGCGCAACAAGCAGUCCAGAAGAACACGGUGUACGUUGGAGGGCUUGCGGAGGAGGUGAACGAGUCCAUCCUCCAUGCCGCCUUCAUACCUUUUGGGGACAUCAAGGACGUCAAGACCCCGCUCGACCAGGCCACCCAGAAGCACCGCUCCUUCGGUUUUGUCACUUUCUUGGAGAAGGAUGACGCUGCGGCCGCCAUGGACAACAUGGACGGCGCUGAGCUCUACGGCCGCGUCCUCACCGUCAACUACGCCCUCCCCGAGAAAAUCAAGGGUGGCGAGCAGGGCUGGGCCGCCCACCCCAUUUGGGCCGAUGCGGACACAUGGUUUGAAAGGCAGCAGCAAGAAGAAGAAAUGCAGCGUAUUCAGGCAGAGAAUCGGGCUACAAUGCAGGCUGCAGAGGACUUGCAUCGAAAGAAAUUGGCCCAAGAGCGAGAAGGGGAAAAGGAAGAUGAAAUAGAGAUCAAAGAUGAUCCCAUGGCUAGGGCUGAAGCAGAGGUUUUGGAACAGAACAAUUAGUUCUCGGCUACCAAAGCCCGCAUUUGAGGAGGGAAAUGCUUAAAGUCCUACUUUUUUUUUUUUUUUUGUUUACAUCAUAUCUCUGUAAUCUGUCACAGCCUCGGUGUGGAACAUUGCGUCUGGAAUGAAUACUUCUAUUCGUGUA